CUUUACUUCAUGUCGAGUCCCAUACACUGUAACCACCUGGACUCGUCUCUUGCCGUCUUUUAUUCGUCCUCCACCCGCCUGGAGCUGCGUCUUGUAUCAUGAGCAACCCGAAACCGCUCGUUGAGCUGAGCGGCCACUGCUCCAUCAUCAACAACCACACUCUCUACGUCUACUCGCCCGCUGCUUUUCAGUCGAUCGACUUGGCUGAAGGGGCAGAAUGGAAGCCGCUGCCAAUGGGUGUGUCGGUGACUGGCGGCCAAUGUGUCAAGGUUAUACCAACUGGCGGUGACGCCAGCCAAGCGGGCCUCUACAUUGUAGGAGGAGCCGUGAAUGAGACUGCCAGCAGUUGGAAUUACCCCGGGAUCCAGCGCUACUCUUUCGCCGACGCGACGUGGGAAUGGGUCAACCCCGUCGUCCCCGUCACCCAAAACCGACAGAACCACGCCGCAACCUACCUCAAUGCCUCGUCUUCAAUUCUCGUCUACUCUGGCUCGCAAACAACCGGAGACACUGGCCCUUCAUCACAAACCUUUCUCAUUUCCACACUACCGCCUUAUGGAGUACAGGCCUAUAGUUCGACCGCGCCGCCUGCGGUCAUGCCUAUGCUUCUGCCAUGGGACGAUAGCCAUGCCGUUAUGAUUGGAGGAGACACCCAGAACAAGGCUGUAUGGACCUUCAGCCCUGCCGAUGGCUGGCAAAACCUAGGUGCGACCUUGGAGAAACCCAUCGAAAACCAAUCGCAAAUUCAAUGCACCGUCGUAUCUGGCGAUGAUGGAAGCAAAGUACUGGAGACCUACGACAUGGGUGCAUCGCCAAACGUGGUCACUCGCACCGCUCUGCUUGCUGCGGGAGGUGCAGUAGCACCCCCUGGUUUGAUCGUCGGUCCACCAGCCAAGAAGCAGACGCGAGAUCUCACCGUGGCUAAGUGGCCAUCAUACAACGCCACAUUUGCCCCAACAACAGCACGAACCGGCUUCUCCAUUGCGCAAGACACAGACGGAUAUGCCGUCAUUAGUGGCGGCGACCCGAAAGACCCUCUUUGCAUCUUCGACCAGAAGGCAAACUCUUGGGUGAACACCACGGAGCUGUUCGCUGGGAACCAAAUCACUAUCCAAUCCGAACCAACAUCAACCUCCGCCUCAUCGACGCCUUCUGCCACAUCUGCAUCUGCCACAUCGUCAUCAGCGGCAGCCUCGUCGUCGGCAGCAGCAGCCGUACCGGCGUCAACAGGCAAUCAGCAUAAUCGCAUGCUUACUGUACUCGGCGCCACGCUGGGUGCUAUAUUUGGCAUCGCUGCGGUAGUAAUAAUACUGUUACUGCUGUUGAGGUGGAAGAAGGAACGGAGGAAGCGAGCUGGUGGAGAUGGAUACGUCGAGAAAGAUCGUCUAAGCUUUGCGGAUCGUGGUGCCGAGUUCAUGAGCGAAGCUGGUGGGUCUGUUGGGCACAACUAUUCAGCCUCACGAAACAUGUCGCAAGACUCACUUGCCAUCAUUAGUGGCCGAGCCGGGAAGAAUCACCAGAGAGGGAUUGGGAGUGACGCCAGCACGGCAGGCUUGGUCAUGAAGAAGAGCCCUCUGGGUUACGCUGAGCCAGUGGAGAUGGCUAAGAUUGACCAGAGGACAGCGCACAUCUCUGAGAAGCCAAAACAACCCCAACCGGCCCCGGCACCCGAGUCUGCUCCCUAUGGACGUAGCCGUAGCUCAGGAUGGAGUAAAUACUUCGCCAACAACGAAGCUACCAACCUGGCUCAAAUGCAAUCAGGACGAUCGACGUAUACAUCUGAUAGGACGAGCGGCGAAAGCCACUCACAGUACACAGACUCUCGGAUGUACAGCCAACCUUCACAAGGGGUGCCGCCGCUUGACUUGAACUUCGCCAAGUUUGAGGGUCAACGGCUAAGUCGCGUAGCCACUGGAAGCCCUACAUUGGGACACUCACGAGAGAACCUUCCUGGCCAACCCAUGCAAGCGGAAUUGGCUCGUGCAAAUUCGACAGGCAGUACAGUUUCAAGCCUAGGACAUGAUAGCAGCAAUCCUUUCAGCGACAAUCGAGGAGCAACGGAAAGCUGGACGCCUGUCUCAUCAGGCAACGCGUGGAACCAGAGGCCAGUCAGCAGUAACUACACGAGUAGCCUUCGAGACGGCACCACUUCUUACUAUAACGAUGGCGCGAGCUCCUAUUAUCCAAAGAGCGAAGCACCUUCAGCGUUCUAUCCUGCACGAGCAGCUGAAGGACGAGACAGCACAGUGACUGUGUUCCCAAGGGGUGUACCUGAAAAUGGCGGCUCUGUAAGGAAGAACGGGACUCACCAAGAUAUGUCAUGGUUGAACCUAGGAGCCAACGGGACUUGAAAUACGAAUCGCUCGGUCACGGAUAUAUCAUUAUCUUCUGUUCCUCUU